AUGAUGCAAUCAAAGACGACACUGCUCAUUUUGUUCACCCUCUUCCUUUCCUAUAUAUUGUUGGUGAGCGUUCCGGAGCUGAUAAUUCCAUGCAAGACAUCAGAACAAUGUAAAUCGAUUCGAUGUUCGAACGGAAGUGGGCAAUGUGUGAACGGACAAUGCCAAUGUCCGAGCCUCAAACCUGUUAACCCGAUGACGACAAAUACUCCCGUGAAGUGCAAGACGACAAAUACUCCCGAAAAAUGA